AUGAAAACUUUUGCCUUUUUAGUAGUACAUUCCUUAGCGCAAGAACAGACAUGCAAGGAUUGGGAGCUUGAGGAAAAAUGUCUAGACCAGUGUCGUCUAAUCUACACUGAUUGCACGCAGAACUGUUCUGACAACACUUGCCAGACUCAAUGCGUGAAUCGCUAUUCUGCCUGUAUGGCUGACUGUCCAUGCAAUCUCAAUUGCCCAAACGGCUGCGAUGGAUGUGAUCAUCCACUUUGUAAUGUUUGUGAUGCCGAGAGCAAUAUGCAUUCACAACAGUGUAAGAACGAAGCUGUCCAAAAGGAAAGUCUAUGCAAAAAAUCGUGCGAAAUGACGGACGAUGACUGCUAUUCUCAAUGCCAUCUUGAACUGAUGAACGAUAAGAUGGAAUGCCCUUGCAUGGACAACUGUCCAAAUGGUUGUCCUUGUGACAGCUUCAAAUGUCAACCUUACGUUUCUGUAAUUGGCGAAUACUAUCACUACAAGGAGAGUUACGUCAUCAGCACGGACGGAAGCUUCCGAGAAAAUCGCCAUUACGACUCUCCCCCAGAAAAAGCGAGCUCUCAAUACGGAUACUUCGAUAGGAUCGGCCACGAAAUCUUUCAAGGGGACAUUUUCUUCUUCGGCGGGCGCUCUGAUGAGUUGAAAAUCGCCAAGCUUGAUGGAUGCGAGGUGGUUGAGCUUGAUGUACGACUGCUCUUCCCCUAUGAUUGUUACUACGGCUCUUCUACUGCAAACGAAGAAGAAAUAUUCAUCUGCUUCAGCGAAUCUCCUUACAGAUACUGUGAAGGAUUUGACGGAAACCAGAUGCGAGAAAUUUCCUGCACGACUGAAUAUUCUCAUCAGAAGGGAUGCAUGGCAUACUACAAUGAUGAUGUCUACGCUAUUGGCGGCACGAGAAGCAACGAGCCAACUCAUGGAAAUGUGGAGAUCCUUGGCUACAGUGGGUGGACUUUGGGAGUUCCUAUGAACGAGGAAAGUGGAUCGCAUGGGCAUGAAUGUCUGCCUGUCUCCAAUGGAAUCCUUCUCUUUGGCGGUAAUGCCGAAUCACCAGACUACGACUGGGAAAGAGCUGUUCACUUUUUCACCGGAACAAACUGGUCUGUCGUUGGCUUCCUCAAUGAGCCACAACGAUAUCCUUCUGGUGCUGUAAUUGGAAAUUAUGUCUUUGUUGUUAGCGGGCGAAAAAAACCCUACGCCAUAGAGCGUCUUGAAUGGACUGGGUCCAACAUCACAUCGUCUGAAAUAAUUCACAACCAUAUCGACAACCUGAACCGGCCGAUGGUUUGGGAAGGCAAUCCAACACUUUGCGAAGCUGAAUGCAACUGA